GAUCAAGUACAGUGAGAUUAACUGGUGAGACCCGCCGACAGUUUGUGACAGAAAGGAUGGCGACGGUUUCUUUCGGUGAUGUGAGGAUGCCCAAGUGGGAACCUGCUCGGGCCGACUCGGCAAUGUCCUUGGCUGCGUUUGUGGGGCUGCCAGUGCUGGCAGGCUUUGCUGUGUCGUUCCUGGGCCAGAAGGAAAUCAUCACAUGGUACCCAAAACUUCGGAAGCCCAGCUGGCAGCCACCUGCUUGGCUCUUUGGCCCAGUGUGGACCACGCUGUACAUCCUGAUGGGCACAGCCGCAUGGCUGGUGUGGACGCACGGCGGCUUUGAGAUGCAGAAGCUGCCCCUGACACUCUAUGGCAUUCAGCUGCUGCUCAACCUGGCAUGGAACCCCCUCUUCUUCCUCUUCCACAACCUCGACCUCGCCUUCUGGGAUGCCCUGGGUCUGGUGGGUACGCUGGGCCUGACAAUCUGGUCCUUCCACAAGGUGGAGCCACUGGCCGCCAUGCUGCUGCUGCCGUACCUGGCCUGGGCGGUCUUUGCUGCCUUCCUCACAUCCACCCUCAUCAACCUCAACCCUCAGGAGUCCAUGGCUGGCAGGGCUGUGGAGAAGGAAAUUGACAUGCGUCCGUUGGGCGGCAUCGGAGCGGUCAAGCAGGAGCGCGACAUGCGUCCGUUGGGCGGCAUCGGAGCGGUCAAGCAGGAGCGCGUGGUGGUCAAGAAGGAGGAGUGAUGUGCUGACCCUGGUUAGCAGCAGCAUGUUUUAGUUGUGAUUUGUGUGACCUCAAGUCCUUGCUGAGUCCUGGCCUGUGCGUUAGCCAGUAAGCAGUGCCCAUUCAACAUGUCCUCACCAAGACAUGGGUAGCAUGACCUUUAGAGUGUACAAAGGGGUAAAAAUGCUGAUGUUUUUGAGGUCAUUGUGACCAGAUCUGCUCUGCCAGAUUUCAGUGAGUGCUGUGUAAAGCAUAUGCAUGGC